AUGUAUGUAUCUAUCUAUCUAUCUAUCUCAAUCAGUUCGUAUCUAUCUAUCUAUCUAUCUAUCUAUCUAUCUAUCUAUCUAUCUAUCUAUCUAUCUAUGUCUCCUGUAAAGAAAAACCGUGAACAGGACAUGUUUUUUUAUGAACUUAAGAUGAACAUGGCAUGCGAUCGUGAAACUUUCACUAGUCACGUGAAGACCGCCUUUUUCGCAGGAGCUCUUACCAUGUUUUUUUUUGGCGGAUGGAUUUCAGAUAGGUUUGGACGGAAAAUAACUCUAGUUUCUUGUGUUCUUAUUCAAGGAAUCAGUUCUUUGGCGAGUUCGCAAGUAACUAACGUUUAUUUAUUUCUCUUCUUCCGAUUUUUAUCGGCCGUCGGAGGGUCUGGAGGUUAUACUGCGCUUCUUGUAUUUGUCACAGAAAUUACAUCAAUGAAGUAUCGAUCCCGGCCGGCACUGGCACUACAAAUGGUUUUUCCUUUUGCUUUUAUUUUAAUUUCUCUAAUCGCAUACUUUAUAAGAGACUGGAAAGUGUUAAUGAUACUCAUCUCGGCACCAUUAUUACCACUGGCCUUUUUAACGAUGUGGGUUAUGCCCGAAUCACCACGUUGGCUGAUCAAUGCAAAGAAAGAAAAGCAAGCAGGAAAAAUCUUAAAGGAAAUGGCACAAAUAAACAAGAAUAACUUUCGUUAUGAAUCGGAAAAUGAAAAAGAAAUAUCUAACAGCAAUGUCAGAACCGUCAAAAUAUGGAAAAUUUUCACUGUUCGUGCUCUUCUGAAAAAAACAUUAAUUUUGAUGUUCAUAUCGGUAACAGUGAUAUUUGUUUACUACGGAUUGACGAUGAACAUCGGUGUUCUGGCGGGUAAUAUUUACUUGAAUUUUCUUCUGAGUUCUCUAGUCGAAAUCUUCAUGAUUCUUUUCGCCGUCUUGUUUGUGGAUCGAUUUGGAAGAAAGAAAUUGACUUUUUCUUUCAUGAUCACUGGUGGUAUAACUGGUAUCCUUACCAUCUUCCCAUACCUGUACGCAACAAAAGAUCAGUUCUGGACGAUAACGGCGCUGAGCACAAUCAGUAGAAUGUGUAUAUCAGGAGCUACUUCAAUUAUCUUUCUUUAUACAUGCGAACUUUACCCUACAUGUAUUCGAAAUGCAUCAGUCGGAUUUUUCGGUGCCUUUUCCAGGCUUGGAGGCUUUCUCUCACCCUACGUUAUGAACAUCUCAACUUUUGUUUCUGGUCGAGUGGGUAAAAGCCUCCCAUUGUUGGUGAUGGGAAUUGCAUGUUUCGUGUCUGGGAUUUUAAUUAUCUUUCUUCCUGAAACAACUAACAAACCGAUGCAGGAUACUCUUGAUGACGUGAUGAAGUACAAAUAUACAAAUAACAGUGCCUGUAAAGAAGAAGAAUUGGACGAAACAGCAGAGUUCAAUACGGUCGCUUGA